CUCUGCAGAACGGCCCGGCUCUCGCCGGCAUUUGACGGACACCUCCGCGCGUUCCGCUCCAGAGGCCACAGCGUGUGCCCCCUGCAGCUCGCCGCUCCAGACCCAGCUCCGGUCGCGCGUCCUGACUCCGCCCCCUCCCGCGGACUCGCGCGCUCCUGGCGCGGCCUCCCCCGGGCGCAAGUCGACGGCACGCGGCCGCCUCCCCCUCCUUCCCCGCUCACCUCGCGCUCUCGCUCUCGCGCUGUCCGAGGCGAGCGCGCUCCCGGCCGGCGCGCUCCGAGCUCCGGCUUCUCCCGGCUCCUGUCAGUGCGGUGACUGCGCUGGGAAACAUGGCGACCGAGGGAAUGAUCCUUACUAACCACGACCAUCAGAUCCGUGUUGGAGUCCUCACAGUGAGUGAUAGUUGCUUCAGGAAUCUCGCAGAAGAUCGCAGUGGGAUAAAUCUCAAAGAUCUUGUACAAGAUCCUUCUUUGUUGGGUGGGACGAUAUCAGCAUACAAGAUAGUACCAGAUGAAAUAGAAGAAAUCAAGGAAACCCUGAUAGAUUGGUGUGAUGAAAAGGAACUUAAUUUGAUAUUAACAACUGGAGGAACAGGGUUUGCACCACGAGAUGUCACUCCAGAGGCCACAAAAGAAGUAAUAGAACGGGAAGCGCCAGGGAUGGCCCUGGCAAUGCUGAUGGGAUCACUUAAUGUUACACCUCUGGGCAUGCUCUCUAGACCUGUGUGUGGAAUCAGAGGGAAAACUCUCAUAAUUAACUUGCCAGGUAGCAAGAAAGGAUCUCAGGAAUGCUUUCAGUUCAUACUGCCAGCUCUACCUCAUGCCAUUGAUCUUUUACGUGAUGCCAUUGUAAAAGUAAAGGAAGUACAUGAUGAACUUGAAGAUUUACCUUCCCCACCACCUCCUCUUUCCCCUCCUCCCACAACUAGCCCUCAUAAACAGACAGAAGACAAAGGGGUUCAAUGUGAGGAAGAGGAAGAAGAGAAGAAAGACAGUGGCGUUGCUUCCACAGAAGACAGUUCUUCAUCACAUAUAACAGCAGCAGCUAUUGCUGCCAAGAAGCAUCCAUUCUACACCAGUCCUGCUGUUAUCAUGGCACACGGUGAGCAGCCCAUCCCUGGUCUCAUCAAUUAUUCCCAUCAUGCAACAGGCAGUGCAGAUGAACGGAUUCCAGAAUCCAUUAUUUCUCGUGGCGUUCAGGUGCUCCCACGAGAUACAGCUUCCCUCAGCACUACUCCUUCAGAAUCGCCUCGUGCUCAGGCUACAUCUCGCCUUUCUACAGCUUCCUGCCCAACACCAAAACAAAUUAGACGGCCGGAUGAAAGCAAAGGAGUUGCUAGUAGAGUUGGAUCCCUCAAAGUGCAGUCCAGGUGCAGCAGCAAGGAGAACAUUCUCAGAGCCAGUCACAGUGCUGUCGAUAUCACCAAGGUGGCUAGAAGACACCGCAUGUCUCCUUUUCCUCUAACGUCUAUGGACAAAGCCUUCAUCACAGUCCUGGAGAUGACUCCGGUGCUUGGGACAGAAAUCAUCAACUACCGAGAUGGAAUGGGCCGAGUCCUUGCUCAAGAUAUAUAUGCAAAAGAUAACCUACCCCCCUUCCCAGCAUCAGUAAAGGAUGGCUAUGCUGUUCGAGCUGCUGAUGGCCCAGGAGAUCGUUUCAUCAUUGGGGAAUCCCAAGCUGGUGAGCAGCCAACUCAGACAGUAAUGCCUGGACAAGUCAUGCGGGUUACAACAGGUGCUCCCAUCCCCUGCGGUGCUGAUGCAGUCGUACAAGUAGAAGAUACUGAACUUAUCAGGGAGUCCGAUGAUGGCACUGAAGAACUUGAAGUCAGAAUUCUGGUGCAAGCUCGGCCAGGCCAAGAUAUCAGACCCAUUGGCCAUGACAUUAAAAGAGGAGAAUGCGUGUUGGCCAAAGGAACCCACAUGGGCCCCUCAGAGAUUGGUCUUCUGGCAACUGUAGGUGUCACGGAGGUUGAAGUUAAUAAGUUCCCAGUGGUUGCAGUCAUGUCAACAGGGAAUGAGCUGCUAAAUCCUGAAGAUGACCUCUUACCAGGAAAGAUUCGAGACAGCAACCGUUCAACCCUCUUAGCCACAAUUCAGGAACAUGGUUACCCCACAAUCAACUUGGGAAUUGUAGGAGACAACCCAGAUGACUUACUCAAUGCCUUGAAUGAGGGUAUCAGUCGUGCUGAUGUCAUCAUCACAUCAGGGGGUGUAUCCAUGGGGGAAAAGGACUAUCUCAAGCAGGUGCUGGACAUCGAUCUUCACGCCCAGAUCCAUUUUGGCAGGGUUUUUAUGAAACCAGGACUGCCAACAACAUUUGCAACUUUGGAUAUUGAUGGUGUAAGAAAAAUAAUUUUUGCACUACCAGGGAAUCCUGUGUCGGCCGUGGUCACCUGCAAUCUUUUCGUCGUGCCUGCACUGAGAAAGAUGCAGGGCAUCUUGGAUCCUCGGCCAACCAUCAUCAAAGCCAGGUUAUCAUGUGACGUAAAACUGGAUCCUCGCCCAGAAUACCAUCGGUGUAUACUGACUUGGCAUCACCAAGAACCACUGCCUUGGGCACAGAGUACAGGUAAUCAGAUGAGCAGCCGUCUGAUGAGCAUGCGCAGCGCCAAUGGACUGUUGAUGCUACCUCCAAAGACAGAGCAGUACGUGGAGCUCCACAAGGGCGAGGUGGUGGACGUCAUGGUCAUCGGACGGCUAUGAUGGCCGCCGAGGAGAAGCUUCGAUGCAUGCCCACAUAUCAUUGACUGUACCCUGUAAUAUGCAACGGCACAGCUAGUUUUUCUGAUUUGGAUAAAAGUUGAUCUGUAUAGUCAACAUCUUGAACUAUAUUUCAAAAGAAUUUAAAUACCUUUUAAAGAAAAAACACCUAAAAAUAAAUCUUAACAGACAACUCUAUUCUGAUUAUAUCAAAGCAGAUUUUUCCUUUCUCGCAAUCGCUUUGUGUGUUCAAUGCUAGGUCUGAUAGCAAUAGCUUUUAGUAGACAGCAGUAGGUGCCUGCAGAACUUGUGUUUUUCUCAUCUUUAAACAACUACUUAUGCUCUUAAAUCAAGGCUGUCUGCUUAUUUAUACUAGUGUAGGCAACACUUGGAUUUCCCUUCUUAGUAUGCUUCAUAACCGCUUUACAGAGAGCUUUUGCUUGUUCUUUAUCAUGUAUCUCGUGUUUAUGUGCACAGUGCCAAAAGAAGAGUGACGGGGGCGGCCGCCCUGCCUCCAGGAGCACCACCCCUCACAGAGCUUCCGGGGAAGUUUCUCGCCCCAGCAGCCUCAUGGCACAGUCCUCUUGGGCAGUAACUGGAUACCUUUUCUUUGAACAAACAAACUGGGGGAAAAAUGCUUCCUUAAGUGCUGACAGCCUUUUUAACCAAUACAUUUAAAAUUGUACAGAACAAAAAAAUAAAAUCAAAGACUGAUCUUGUACAGAUAUUAGUGUUACCAGCAUUCAUGUGGAAAUCAAGAGCAAAGAAAAAAUAAUGUUAAACAACUCUGUACUAUAACAUUUUCUGUAAUGAUACUGAAACUUAAUGAAUAAAAAAAUCCUUGAUCAUUAUAUAAAAA